AUGGGUUGUUCAAAUGCUCGUUUAUUAGUACAAACACCAUUAUCUGAAUCAAAUGCAAUAACAAAUUUAAAUACGAAUAAUCCUCUCAAUCCAUUACCAACAACAGUAACAACAUCCAUUGAAACAUCACCAAUUGAUAUUGUUACUGAUACAAAUAAUUCAACAACACGAAUGCACUUAACAGGAGUUGAUCUUGUUGUUGAAAGAAAUGGAUCCUAUACACUAUUACUUACACCGAAAACUCAUAAACAGUUAAUGCCCUAUGUAUUGCGAAAAAAACGAUUUCGGAUUCUCGUUGAUAAAUCUCGCUCGGAAGAAACAGCAACUGUUAAUGUACCAUUAACAUCUUAUCAUUCAACAAAUAAAGAACGAAUUAUGGAAAAUGAUAAAGAAUUAAAACCAAACGAAAAAAAAUCUAAAAAACAAAUAAAAGAUAUAAUGGAACCAACAAUUGAAACUGUUCAACAAGUUGCAACAAAGGAACUUGAUAAAGCAAAAGCACGUUUUAUUGGUGGUCGAAGUAUUGAUCGUGGUGAUCCUGAAGAUGAUAAUGAAAAUAUUCAAUCCGAUGAUGAAGGUAUGAUUGAAGAAAUAGUCACAACUGUUGAAGAAGAUAAAGAUCUUGAAUGUAAAGUUAAAAAGAAAAUUGAAACAAAAAAAACAAUUGCACAAGAUCCUGAAACACAUAAUAAAAUAACAAAAGUUGUUAAAACUGAAGUUACUGAAAUAACACGAACAAUAACAAUUAAUGAUCAACAUGAUCUUGAACGUGCUAAACGUGAAUUAGGUAUUGAUGAUGUUAAUAAAUUAUUAUCAUCAACACAAAUAACAUAUAAUGCACCAACAACAUAUCAUACAACAUCAUCAUGGAUUGAUCAACCACGUUUAAUACAUGUACAAGAAAAUUAUUAUGAACCAUCAAAUGAAAUAGUUACAUCAGGUGAUUUUCCAUCUGAUAGUCCAAUAAAACAACAUUCACCGAUAAUUAAUAUUAAUGAACAAGAAACAAAACAAGAUCAAACAUUAGCUGAUGCAACAACUGUUGGACGUGGUCCUGUUAUCGAAACAAUAUCUUCAUCUUCUCAACCAAUAUCAUUAUCACAACAACAGAAACUGACAACAACAACUAAUGAAAAAAAAUCAAUUGAAAUGAAACCGAAGAAAAAAAAGUCAAGUCUUAAUUUAUGUUCAUGCACACGUAAUACAGCAAAUGAUUAUGAUGAAGAACAACGUAAACAAAAAGCUGCAACUAUAAUUGAACAAAAAUCGAAACAGAAAAAGAAAGCAUCAAGUACAACAACAAAUGUCAUACUUACAACAACAAAUCUUCAAAAUGAAUCUCAAAAUCAAGGUCAAAAAUUAAUAUCGGAUGAUAUAAAAAAAUUAAUUAAAGAUAAAAAAUCUUUAUUAAUUAAUUAUAUACAUUUAAAAGUUUUUUUACCAUCAAAAUUAUUUAAAGCAAAUGAAGAUGUUAAAGGAAGAAAAAUUUCAUCACGUAUUUUUGAUUUAUUACAACAUGAUCGUUGUUCAUCAUGGAAGAAUUUAUUUGAACAAAUAGAUAAUGAAUAUCAAGAAGCAUCAUCAGAAAAUUUAUUUAUUCAACCAAUGGUUAAAACAUAUGAAGAUUUAUUUACAACUAAACAAUCAAAUUUAUUAAAUACAUUUUCAACCAUACAUCAUGAAAAAGAUAUUAAAAAUCUCCCAGAGAAUAUUGAUUAUAUAACUAUUGUACAAACAUAUAUUAAUGAACGAGAUCAUCAACCAAAUAUUAGUGUUAUUACUAAACCAAUUGAAGAUACACUCGAACGUUUACAACAUGAUGGGCAAUCUGAUGAAAAAGUAACUGACGACGAUCACGAAAAACAACAAGCAUCAGUUCAUACAAAAGACAUCGAUAUGUCUGAUAAUAUUAAGAAAACUUUACCUAUUUAUAAUGAAGAACAAUUAAAAAAAACUCUUGCUGACAUAUCACCACAUAAACCAAUAACAUUAGCUGAAGCAAUAGCAUAUGAAUAUAUUCAUUUAGAUGAUCCAAAAUUAGGUUUAUCAAAUGAUACAAUACAACGUAUGAAAAAUUUAUUUCGUCCCUUAUCAUUUGGUGAUGAUGAAUCAACAUUAAAUUUAAUACGUAUUAAACGCUCAGGACAAUAUCUAACUGAUUUUAAUCUUUGUGAAGCAAAUGCAUUUGAAAAAUUUCAUUUAUCACAACCAUUUAUAUAUCAAUUACAGCAAUCAUUUGAACCAACACUUGAUUUAAAUGAAAAACAAUUUCGUUCAUUAACUGAAGCUAUAUUAAAUAAUAAAGAUGAAUAUUCGAGUUUACAAUUUGAUAUUGGAAGAUCAUUAUUACCAGCUGGUGAUAUGAAAGAACCAUCAACAAAUGAUUUUAGUCAAUCAGAUUCUGGUUAUUCAAUGACAACAGCAACAUAUGAAAGUUUAGCAAGUAAAGUUAAAAAUGAAAUUGAGACAAUAAAUGAACCAAUAAUUGAUCAAUCCCAUGAACCCGAUAAAAGUAUAAAUCAAACUAAUAGCACAUAUUCAAAAGAGAUCAUAAUAGAAACAGUUCCAGACACAAAAGAAAAUAUUAAUGUUAAAAAAAAUGAUUUAAUAGAAAUAUCAUCAAAAACAAAUGUAACAACAUCUAUUGAUCUAAAGAAACGUAAAUCACCUGGUUUAUUUUCUUAUUUUGGAAAUAAAAAGGCAAAAGCAUCAUUAGAACAACAUAAUCAACCAAUAAUAAAACCAGCCACUACUCUCGAUAAUAAUCAAGAAUUAAAUAUUCCUAUUCGGGAUAAAGCUACAAUUGAUUAUACGAUUUUACCUGAUAGUAAACGUAUUUAUAUUGAUGUUUUUCGUGAUCGACCUGGCCUUGAUAUGUCAUAUAAACCAAAAGAUUUCGAUACCCAAUUCGUUCUACCUGUUACAAAAUCACCAAUCGAAUAUGAACGAUCAAUAACACCUGAAAAUUCAGAAUCACAAGCAACUACAAUUGAACAAACACCAAUUGGUAAUUUAGAAGCACGUCUACCAACAAUUGAACCAAUGAAUAUUCAAUCGGAAAUAAUUGAAGAAAAACCAAUUGCAAACUUAGAUGUACAACAACGAACGAUUAAAUCUUUAGAUGUUCAAACAAAACCUAUUGAAUUACAAACACCAAAAGUUGAAUCAAUUGAUAUUCAACCUGAAAUUGUAGAACGUAAAACAAUAACACAUUUAGAAGCACGACCAGCAACAAUUGAACCAAUUGAUGUUCAAUAUGAAAAAACAUCAAUCGUUGUUCCAUUAACAAAAACUGAUGAAUCAACGAUUUCAAAACCAAUUAUAAAUUUACAUGGUGCAGGUGUAGAUUUACCUGCAGUUGAAUUAGUUAAACCAGGACCAUUACCAACAUUACCUAUAACAGAAAAACAUAAAAAAACUAAAGCAGUUGCCACAACUGAAAAAACACCUAAAGUUAACAAAUCAACUGGUGGUUUAUGCGCAUCAUGUUUUGGUGCAAAGGCCGCUGAAAAAAAGAAAAAAGAUUUAACAUCUAAAAUUCGUCAAGCACCUAUUGAACAAAAGAAAGUUAUUGUAGAAGAAAAAAAAGAUGAAGUACCACCAACAACAGCUAUUUUAUCAGCAUCAACAAUUGAAUCAAUACCAUUACCAAUAUUACCACCAACAACAGAUGAACAAAUUAUUUUACCUAAUGUUGAAACCGAUAAAAUUCAAGAAGAAAUUACUAUGGAUCUUCCAAAAUUAGAAGAUCGUUUAGAUGCAACUAUUGAAAAAUUAGUACUAAGUGAAGAACCACAUUAUCAAUUACCAUCAAGCGAGCCUGUGCCGCCAACUGAAUUAUCAAUACCAGAACCAAAUACAUAUGAUACUCCUCGUUUAACUGAAAUACCAAUUAUUGAACCUAGUUCAAUAAAUACAGAAGAAAAAACUUUUACAACUGAAAUAUCUCCUGAAAUUCCAACCAUCGAAAUAAAAAAGCCUGUUGAUGAUAUUAUUCUACCAAUAAAACAAAAGGUUGAAUCAACAAUAGAACAAAAAAUGGAACCAAUUAUACAACAAAAAAUAGAACCAAAAAUUGAACCUAUAAUAAUAGAACAAAAAAUAGAGCCAAAAAUUGAAUCAACAAUAACAAUAAAACAAGAAAUAAUGCCAAAUGUUGAAAUAAAAGAAUCAACUAAAAAAGGUUCAUAUACAUUACCAACAAAAAAAUCGAAAACUAAAAAACCUAAACAACCAAAAGUUAAAAGUGAAAAAAAAUCAGGUCUUUUUUCAACAUUAUUUCGCCAUGGUGAUGGUAAAUCUAAAGCACCAGCACUUAAUGAAACAUCAGUUGAACAGAAUUUAACACGAAGAAAUGAAAUACAUGUUCAUGAUAAUGAUCCAUUACAUGCACCAAAAAUUGAUUUACCUAACGUUGAUGUUCUAUUACCAAAUUAUGAUCGACCUGAAGUUAAUAUGGCAAGUGGACAUAUAAAACAAUCAUCAGAAUUUUCAGCACCAGCUGUUGCUUUACCACCAAUACCUAAUUUAAAUUUACCCGAUAAUACAAUGUCAACAAUUGAUACAACAAUUGAUCCAUUAAAAGCUCCAAAUACUCAAUUACCUGAACUUCAAUUAACAUCAAAUGAACAAGAAAGUAUUAAAUUACCUGAACUACAUUUAAAAUUUGAAAAAGAAAAUUUACCUGAAGUUUCAGCAUCUAUUGAUCUUAAAGAUGAUAAUAAAAUAGAACAAUUACCAACAGUUACAGAUGGUUUAGCAUUAGCAUCACCUCUUCAUGAUAUGUUAGCUAUUCAAACUGAUGAAAGAAAUUUUUCUAUUGAAACAGAUUCACCAAUCCCAGAUUUACCUAAAAUACCUUUGAAUGAAACUGAAGAUAUAAUUAAACCAGAAUUAUUAUCAACUGAACAAAAAUAUACAAUUACAGAUACACAUUUUGUACAACCACCAGAAUUACCAACAAUAGUUCAUAAACAAACAACUGAAAAUGAUGAAAUUUCACCAAAACUUCCUGAUUUUACAUUUCAAAUACCGUCAACAGAACCUAUUCCACUUUUAUCAAGAGAUAUAAGUUUAACUCCACCAUCAUUUGAAAAUGAGUUACCAACAGAUAUAUCACAAAUUGUUCCAGCUAUUGAAAUUUCAACAUCACCAAUAAAAUCAACUGAAAAACAAAAGAUUGAACCAAAAGUUGAAGUUAAAAAGAAAUCAUCAACACUUGCACUAUGUUCAUGUUUUGGUAAUAAAUCAAAUGCACAAAAAGAUAAAACAAAAACAAUUGUUGCACAUAAAACUGAUUUACCAGAAGUUAAUAUAUCUAAACCAUCAUCAAAUAUAUCUUCAACAUUAAAAACAAAAGGCUCAUUACGUGCACCAAGUACUGAUUUACCAACAGUUGAUUUAAUAUUACCUCAAACAGAAUCAGUUCGUUUACUACCAAUUCAUACAAGUGAAAAAAAACGACAAGCACCAAAAGUACCAAUUGUUAAUGAAGAAAUUGUUUUACCACAACCAGUUGUUGCAAAUUCAGAAGUUGUUCUACCUACAACAACAACAGUAAAUGAUGUUCAUAUACAACAAACUGAUAUUAUUAGAUCAAUUGAAGUUAGAACUGAUGAAGAACUUUUAGUUCAACCAUUGGUUUUAGAUAAACAAAUUGAAGAAAAACUUGAUGUUUCGUCGCCUACUAUUUCAUCAGCCGUCAUUGAAAAACAAUUAGACGAACAAAUUAAUGUUAUACCACCAACUGUUAUCGAAGCACCAUUAAUAGAAGACAUUAAGAUUGAACCAAUUACUACAAUAACUCCUAUUGAAAAGCAAUCAGUUGAAGAAAUCAAAGAUAUUCAGAAUGAAUCAAAAAAAGUUUCAUCUUUUGAAAUAAAAGCACCAGCAUUACAUAUUCCCGAACUUGAUUUAUCUGGUCCACCAAAAACUGAUGCUUAUGUAUCAUCAAUAAAACAAGAAGAAACAAUAACACAAUCUCGUUCAGACAGUGGUCUUGAAGCAAUAAUAUCUUCUCAUAUGCAUCCAUCGUCAACAUUUGGUACAACUCAAACAAUUGAAGAUCUUAAUCAACAUCCAUCACUUAGUUCAGGUUUAGGUAGUGAAAUAAUCGAUAGUGCAACAACAAAAGAUUUAACAUUACCUGAUAUUCAACAAGAAAAUUUAACAACAGAACCAAAAGUUGAUAAUAGUGUAUUAAAACAUGAUUUUACUCGUAAAAUAACCAUGAAUGAUGAAUUACGUGCUAAAUUAAUAUAUGAACAAAAAGAUUUAAAAAAAUGUUUAGAAAAUGAAAUAUCAAAAUCAAUUGACGAUUAUGAUACAAAGAAAGAUCAUAAAUCAUUAAAUAAAAUUCUUACACAUGCUAUUGAUUUAAUUAAAGAUAAAAAAGUAACAACAUAUCCUGAAUUAAAACAAAAAUUAAUUGUUGAACAUAAAAAUGAUGCUUUUAUUAUUGAUCCUAUUGUACGUUCACUUUAUAUUGCUAUCGAAAAACAAGGUCUAGAUAAUCUUGAUAAACCAGAAUUUCCAUUAGCUAUUCGUGAUAUGGUUCGUCUUCCGGCUAAACAAACAUUUGAGACAAUAACACAAAUUAACAAAGACGUAGCAAAAGAACCUACUCAAAUAUCUCAAGAACAACCAACAAAACGUUCAUUUUUAACAUGUGGUCAUUCAAAAUCGAAACAGAAAACAUCAUCAACAACACCUAAACCAACAACAGAAACAAAUACUGGUUUACUUGAUGAACGUCGUCGUUUACAAUUAAAUACACAUCGUAAUGAAUUAGGUAAUAUUUUACGUGAUCAUAUUCAAUCAAGUCAACCACCAAUACGACAAUUUUCUGAACAUUCAAAAGAAGUUGAUAAAAUAAUUCGUAAAGGUUUAACACUUCUAAAUCAACCAAAAAUUAUUUCCCAUGAACAAAUUCGUAAUGAUUUAAAAACAGAAUAUAAACAAACAUUUUAUCUUGUUGAUCCAAUAACUGAUAUCAUACGUGAUACAUUUGAUCAUUGUGAUAUAACACAAAUGAACGAAAAAACUAAUCUUGAUAUAUUAGAUUCAAAUAUAACACAAACAGCUAAUUUAUAUAAUCAAGUAUAUAAUCAAGCAAAUUUAUUAACAACAGAAGAACAUAAUUUAUUAAAAUCAAAUCAAUUACAAUGGUUAAAUCAAUAUUUAAUUGAUAAUGAAUUAAAAACUAAAAAAAUAACAAAAAAACAAACAAAAGAAUUACAAAAAAUAUUAAAUCGUACAUUAGAUUUACUUUCAUUAAAUUUAGUAUAUACAUGGGAUGAAUUAAAUUCUCAAUUACGACGUGAAUUUUCUAAAGCACAUAAUUUAUGUGAUCGUUCAAUUGAAUUAGUAAAACAAGCACAAAAAGAUGGUUUAUUAUUAUUACAACAAUCACCAAAUACUACAAAUCAACAAGAUGUAACAUCCAUUAAUGUUAUAAGUGCUAAUGGAAAACGACGUGCAUCAUCAUUAUUAACUGAACGUGCUAAACAAAAUAUACAAACAAAUCGUAAAAAAAUUAUUUCAUCAAUAACAAAUUUAUUAUAUGAUUAUAAUAAACCAUUAUACAAUGAAAAUCAAAUUGAAACAUAUGUUAAUAAAACAUUUCAUUAUUUAGAAGAAAAAAAAAUUGGAGAAUUUAAAACUUAUAAUGAUUUGAAAGAUAGAUUAAAAAAAGAUUUUAAACAUAAUCAUGAAAAAUUAAUUGAACAAAUUGUUGAUAUUAUUGAACAAGCGCAUGCUACAAAUCAAUUUGAUGAUAUUGAUAAACCAGAAGUACAAACUUUAAUGAAAGAUCGACUAGAUGGAAAACCUUUAGUUAUUAAAGAAAUGUAUGUUUCAUUACCACCACGUGCCGGUGCUUAUGGAACAUCAAAACAUUUAAAUGAUGAAUCUUCACGGUAUUUAUCAACGUCAAUUAAUGGCGAUCAAACAAUGAAUAGUAGUACAUCAUCACAUCGUGUUGCUCGUGGUCUUAGUUGGCGUGAAGCAAAUGAACGAGCUAGAAUUUUAUUUUAUCGUGGUAAGCAUCCCGCUAUACAUUAUGAUGAACAAGCAGCUGGUUUUGAUGUACGAAUGUUACUUGAAACAACAUCAGGUGGAACACAAGAAAUACCUGUUACAGACAGUGAUGUUCAUGAAUUAUUGAAUUCAUGUGGUGUUCAAUGGGAUGGUGUUAAUAUAAUAUCAUUAGUCGAUCAUAGUGAAGAUGUUGUACGUGCUGCUGAACAAGCUGCAUUAAAAGUAAUACGUGAGAAAGGUCUUGUCGAUUUACGUACACCACCAUCAACUAGAGAUACAGAUGAUAAUGAUGAACCUUUAUCAUCAUAA